AUGGACAAGGAUAUAGAGACAUGGGUGGGAACGUGCAACCAAUGCCAAAAAUCCAGGCCUAUACCCCCUGCCACGCCGGUGCUCAGCUGGGAAACACCGAGGGGACCCUGGUCGAGAAUCCAUAUCGAUUUCGCAGGACUGACAAAGGGACACACUUUUUUAAUAACAGUAGAUGCUUACUCAAAUUGGUUGGAAGUAAGCACCAUGAACUCCACAACCACAGAAGCCAUCAUCAGACAGCUGAGGAAGCUGUUCGCAACACACUGGUUGCCGGACUUAUUGGUUUCAGACAACGGGCCGCAAUUCACGGCAUUGACAUUUGAAAAAUUCCUCGCAGAACUGGGCAUAAGGCAUGCCCUGACAGCGCCGGGUCGGCCGGCUAUGAACGGGCAGGCGGAACGCAUGGUUCAGUACACGAAAGAGACCCUAGAGAAACUAGACACGGGGGACAUCCAAGAAAAAAUCUGCAAAAUGCUAGCCAUACAACAUAUCACACCCAACACCACCACAAAUAAAAGCCCUGCCGAACUGUUAAUGGGCAGGAAAUUAAGAUCACACUUGGAUAGACUUCACCCCACAUACAGCCCUGAAAAACCAACAGAGUCCUCCAGCAAACACCACACAUUCGGAACAUGGGACCUAGUCUACGCAAAAAACGUAUCCCACUGUGGAUACCCGCCAAAAUAA